CGAGUCCCGCGGCGCUCGGCCCCGCAGUGCGCGUGCGCGGGCCGCGUUUGCGGCCGGCGUCGUGAGCGCGCGACGCUGCCGUCCGCGACGCUGGCGCCAGGAGCCGGGAGCUGGGAUCCUGGAGCCGGGUUGGAGCCAGAUACAUGAAGGUCCUGAAGACAGCCGUGUGGAUCCUUCCCUGGGGAAAGACGCAGUGUGAGGGGUGGCAGUGCAGUGUGGCCCUGGGACCCCGUGGGUACACGCCUUAGGACAAUGACUCCUGCCAGUGAUGGGGACACCUCUGAGGGCAUCUUCGACUUAGACUACGUGUCUUGGAAGAUUCGCUCGACGCUGGUGGUCUCAGGCUUUGUCUUCUACCUGGGUGUCUUUGUUGUCUGCCACCAGCUCUCAUCCUCUCUGAAUGCCACCUACCGUUCCCUGGUGGCCAGAGAGAAGGUCUUCUGGGACCUGGCAGCUACACGUGCCAUCUUCGGGGUCCAGAGCAUGGCUGCUGGACUGUGGGCGCUGCUGGGGGACCCUGUGCUUCAAGCUGACAAAGCACUGGGCCAGCAGAACUGGUGCUGGUUCCACGUCACUACUGCCACUGGCUUCUUCUUCUUUGAGAAUGUGGCUGUGUACCUGUCUGGCCUGUUCUUCCGGACUCUCGACCUCUUCUUAGUUGUCCACCACCUCUUUGCCUUUUUGGGAUUCCUUGGCUUGGUGGUCAACCUCAGAGCUGGCCACUACCUAGCCAUGACCACGCUGCUCCUGGAGAUGAGCACCCCAUUCACCUGCGUCUCCUGGAUGCUCCUGAAGGCCGGCUGGUCUGAGACGCUGCUCUGGAAGGCCAACCAGUGGCUGAUGAUCCACAUGUUCCACUGCCGCAUGGUCCUCACCUACCACAUGUGGUGGGUGUGCUUCUGGCACUGGGACCGACUGGUCAGCAGCCUGUACCUGCCACAUUUCACCCUGUUCCUCGUUGGGCUGGCUCUGCUCACGCUGCUCUUGAACCCAUACUGGACCCACAAGAAGACCCAGCAGCUCCUCACUCCAGUCGACUGGAACUUUGCACAGCCGGAAACCAAAAAUAACCGUGCAGACAGGACCGGUGGGCAGGUGCUGCAGAAGAAGAGGCCGUAGUGGCUGUGGCCAGGCAGGCCAUGGUGCCGCUGACCAGGGCAUGUGGGUUCCUCGGGGCUCCGGGAAGAGUGAGGACAUGCUCGUCUGUCUGGGAACUGGUCCAGGCCAGCACGCUCUCUUCCUUGGUGUGAAUGGGCCGUGGCCGGAGUGUUACCUGAGAUCUUGACCUCACUUCAGCAACCCGACUUGUUCCUGUGGGCCUCGCCAUCAUGGGCUGGGUUUGGCUUCCAGGAAGGGGUUCUGUGGGCAGAGGUGGCAGGUGCAGGUGGAACUGUCGCCACCCUUCCUAAUCAGGAACACUGGGUCUCAUUCACAAGUCAUUUUAUUUGUGUUGGAAGGAAUUGGGAUAUAAUUUGUUAGCCCUUGUUAAAAUCUCCUGGAGAGGGGGAUAUAGCUCAGUGGCACAAGAGCCUGCCUGGCAAGUGUAGGGUCCUGCAUUCAAUUCCCAAUACUAAACAAAAACAAAAACAUAAUCUCCCUGGUGUGUUUUAGAACUGGGUUGCCGCAGCACCAUUUAGAGUCAGCUGGCCUCAAGGCAUCUUCGUGGGAUCCCAGCCCUCAGCAGGCAGCACUAGAGUUCACCCCAACACAGUGUACUUCACAAGACCUAUUUAAAAUGAGAAUGUUGUAAAUUGAUAUUGUCUUUCUUGUUGACAAAAUAAUGCAUCCAGCAACCAGACUUCACACUUGUCUGGUGUGAGCGCCACUGUGAGUGGCAGGGCUGCAGACCCCAGGGUGGAACCUCACUCCCCGAGUGGCGAUUGCCUGCUGGCCUCCAGGCUAGGUGGGAAGGUCAUUUCCCUGGGAGAGCCAGCUCAGGGCAGCCCUGGGCCCAAAGACCUCGGUGCCAGCCCUGAACUGUUGCCUGAGGGGGCACCCCUGCACAUGCUGUACCCUGUGCCACCAGGGCCCUGGCCAGGUUAACAUGCUGACCAGGCGUUGCUGUGGCAGCCCACAUGCCACUCACUGCGCAGGCACAGAUAGACCUUUUCCUCAAGCGCGCCUUUGAAAAAGUGUUCGCAGGAAGCAUGUUUAUUGCCGCUGAAAAUCACGUGUCAAGUGGCUCCUUAUGCCCAUUUGAUGACUGACGCUAACUUUCACUUUAUUGAUUGUGUUUAGUUCAAGACAGGCAAUGCUUGUUUAUCUCAAUCGAGAAGUUAUUUAAAUGGAUCCCUGCUGUGAUCCUUAACCCCAGCUGCCUGCUGGCUGCUCUGAGGUGCCUUUUCCUUGGGAGCCUGCAGUACCCGAAGGCUUUCGACUGCCUGAGUGUCUAAUAAAGUGACCGAUGUUUAACAAA